AAAUUGCAAGAUAACACUUAGUGUUGACUUUUGAGAGUAGAAAAAUGGAGGGAAUGGUUGAGAAAACUGCUAGCUUCAGAUUAUCAAUGGAGGGCAUUGAAGAAAGAAUUUCCAGCUUUAGAUCCUCUAAUAAAGAUUGCUUGGAGGACAAAACUUCUAGUUUCAGAUCAAACAAGGAAGGCUUGGAAGAUAAAAUUGUAGAAGAUGAUGUCCCCAACUAUAGGGGAGUUCAAGCUAUGCCAUAUAUUAUUGGGAAUGAAACAUUCGAAAAGCUUGGGACUAUGGGGACUGUAUCAAACCUAAUAGUGUAUUUGACAACUAUGUUCAACAUGAAGAGCAUAACGGCAACUAAUGUCAUCAAUAUCUUCACCGGAACAGUCAACGCUGUGCCGUUGAUCGGAGCUUUCAUCUCCGAUACCUAUUUGGGUCGCUAUACAACUCUGGCCAUUGCUUCUAUAUGUUCUUUUAUGGGAAUGAUAGUACUAACUCUCACUGCCGGAAUACCUUCACUGCACCCCCCAAAAUGUCCGGCGACCGAGGCUGACUCAUGUGUUACUGCCUCCGGAGGGCAGAUGGGUUUUCUAAUACUCGCUCUAGGAUUUCUAAUUCUCGGAGCCGGAGGUAUUCGACCUUGUAACCUCGCCUUCGGAGCAGAUCAGUUCAAUCCGAAUACGGAAUCGGGCAAACGGGGGAUCAAUAGUUUCUUCAAUUGGUACUAUUGCACAUACACAUUUGGCAUGAUGAUUUCCACAACUUUUAUAGUGUACGUGCAAUCAAAUGUUAGCUGGACGAUCGGGUUAGCCAUUCCGGCCGGUCUAAUGUUCAUGUCGUGUGCACUUUUCUUCUUGGGUACUAAAGUUUAUGUGAUAGUGAAACCUGAAGGGAGUGCUUUAGUUAGUGUGGUGCAAGUAGUAGUUGCUGCUCUGAGGAAGAUAAGGUUAAAGAAUCCUGAAAAUCCUGCAAUUUCUCUUUAUAGUUAUACGCCCAAAAAUUCCAUCAAUUCCAAGCUUCCAUAUACCAAUCAAUUCAGGUGGGUGGACAAGGCUGCAAUUAUAACUGAUGAAGAUGAAAUAAAUUCUGACGGUAGUCCAGUAAAUCCAUGGAAGCUUACCGGAAUUCAACAAGUGGAAGAAACAAAAUGCGUAAUGAGAGUAAUUCCAAUUUGGGCAUCAGGAAUUAUUUACUAUGUUCCGGUAGUUCAACAGAACACUUACGCUGUCUUACAAGCACUUCAAUCCGACAGAAAACUCGGCAGCAAUGGCUUCAAAAUUCCAGCAGCUUCCAUUAUAGUUUUUGCUAUGCUGACCCUGACGAUUUUCAUUCCAAUUUAUGAUCGGAUUAUCGUUCCGUUCCUUCGGAAGAUGACCGGAAAAGAAGGCGGAAUUACAAUUCUCCAGAGGAUGGGAAUCGGAAUCGUUUUCUCUAUCAUCACCAUGAUUGUUUCUGGUUUGGUUGAAGAAAAAAGAAGACAUUGGGCUCUUACAAGGCCAAGUGUAGGAAUUUCGGAUAAAGGAGGGGCAAUAUCGUCCAUGACUGCAUUAUGGCUAAUCCCUCAACUAGCGCUUGCAGGAUUGACAGAAGCUCUGAACUCGGUGGGUCAGACAGAGUUUUACUACAAGCAAUUUCCUGAAAAUAUGAGAAGUAUAGCCGGGUCAUUUUUCUAUCUUGGAUUGGCCGGUUCAUUUUAUUUAAGUAGUUUGCUUGUUACAAUAGUGCAUAGUGUUACAAAAGGAUCAAACGGUCAUGAUUGGUUGGACGAAGAUCUAAACAAAGGAAGAUUGGAUUUGUUUUACUACAUGAUUGCUGUUUUAGGGGUUUUAAAUUUUGGGUAUUUUCUAGUGUUUGCCAAAUGGUAUAGAUACAAAGGUAGAAAUACAAAUGUUAGUGAGGUUAUGGAUGGAUUUGAAGAUGAAGAAAACUUAAAAUAAGCUUUUGGUAUAGUAUUAUUGGUAUUGUUAAUGACCUCCAAAAUUACAAUAGUAAGGGAAAUGCAGAUGGAAAUACAAUACUCAUCUACUUAAAUUUUGUAUGUGGGGAUACCAAUAAUAAUAUGUAAGUUUCAUUGAUUGUAAUAUCAUAUGAUUAAUAUAAAAUAAAUAUUUUGUGA